CAUUUUGUGGCCACUGAAGAGAAUAAAAGUCUGAAGCAGAGACAGUUUAAUCUACGUGUGUGUUGUCUGCUUAGCCUGAGAAAUACUGCUUUUGUGCCUUGACCCAACUUACAUGUUGAAAGAUGACACUCUGGAACCAGCUGCAGCUGCUGGACUCUCUGUAUUUGGAGCAAGUGGACCAGCUUUACGAUGAGGCUUUCCCCAUGGAGAUCCGACAGUAUCUCAGUCAAUGGAUUGAGAGUCAUGACUGGGAAUCCGUUGCAAGUAAUGUAUCCUUGGCCACCCUACGCUUCCAUGAGCUCCUCAACCAACUUGAUGAGCACUACAGCCGUCUCAACCUGGGAAACAACUUCCUCUUACAGCAUAAUAUACGCAAAAUUAAGCGUAACCUACAGGAGCACUUCCAGGAGGAUCCUGUUCACAUGGCUAUGAUCAUAGCUAACACUCUGAGUGAAGAGAGAAAGAUACUGGAAACUGCACUUAGUACACAAGGUAAAGGUAACUCAUCACAGGGGAAUUUCAUGAUGGAACAACAAAAUGACUUGGGCAAUAAAAUCAACAAUUUGAAGACGAACGUGCAGGAAAUAGAACAGGACAUUCAGGUUUUGGAGGAUGUACAAGAUGAGUAUGACUUCAAGAGAAAGACCUUGCAGAGUCGAGUGGAAGUUGAUAUGAAUGGCCAGAUAACAAAAGAGAUACAGCAGGAGGAAUUGGCAAUUCGACAAAUGUUUAUGGGGCUAAGCAUGAAAAGAGAGCAUAUGUAUGUGCAGGUGGUGAUAAAGGAAAUGGCUAAUGUACUGACUCUAGCAGAGCAGAUCCAGCUCACACUCAUAUCAGAUGAGUUACCUGAGUGGAAGAAGCGGCAGCAGAUGGCUUGCAUCGGUGGUCCGCCCAAUGCGUGUCUGGACCAGCUGCAGAGCUGGUUCACAGUGGUGGCAGAGUGUCUGCAGCAGAUCCGUCAGCAGCUGAAGAAAGUUCAGGAACUGGUGCAGAAGUUCACCUACAACAACGACCCGCUCACUCUGAGCAAGAGCCAGCUGGAUGAACAGGCACUUUCACUCUUCAAAAACCUUAUAUCAAAUUCUCUUGUAGUGGAGAGACAGCCGUGUAUGCCCACACAUCCUCAGAGACCCUUGGUGAUAAAGACAGGAGUUCAGUUCACAGUCAAGAUCAGAUCUCUAGUCAAACUCCCUGAACUGAACUGUCAACUCAAAGUAAAAGUCUCUAUUGACAAAGAUUUAACAGAGAAUGACACAGUAAAAGGAUGUAGAAAAUUCAAUAUUUUAGGGACAACUUCUAAAGUUAUCAACUUAGAGGAAUCCAAUGGAUGUCUAGCAGCUGAAUUUCGCCAUUUGCAAUUAAAGGAAAUGAAAUGUAACAACAGAACCAAUGAGAGUUCUCUCAUCAUUUCUGAGGAGCUGCACUUACUUAGAUUUGAAACUCAACUCAUUCAGCCAGAACUAUGUGUUGAUUUAUCGAACAUAUCACUUCCGAUUGUGGUGAUCUCCCACGUGAAUCAGUUACCUAGUGCCUGGGGCUCCAUCUUAUGGUACAACAUGCUCUGCAGUGAACCCCACAAUCUGACGUUCUUCUUGAAUCCGCCACCAGUGAAAUGGGAGCAGCUUUCAAAGGUCAUAAGCUGGCAGUUUUCUUCUGUCACUAAACGAGCGCUGAACUCUGAGCAGCUGAGAACGCUGGCCGACAAACUUCUUGGUCAUGAAGCCCAAGGUGACCCCGAGGGUCUCAUUUACUGGAAUACAUUUUGUAAGUUGUCUCCUAAUGAGAGGGGUGUAGCGUUCUGGCUGUGGAUGGAUGGAAUUCUGGACCUUAUUAAAAAACAUCUGCUCAACAUCUGGAAUGAUGGGUAUAUUAUGGGGUUCAUGAGUAAAAAGAGAGAGAAGGCUUUGUUGAUAGACAAACUCCCAGGCACUUUCCUUCUGCGCUUCAGUGAAAGCUGUCGAGAAGGAGGAAUCACCAUCACAUGGGUGGAAUAUUCACAGGACGGUAAACCUAAGAUGCAUUCGGUGAAGCCCUACACUAAAUCAGAUCUGGCGACCAUCUCUUUGCCUAACGUCAUCCGUGACUACACCCUCACUGCUUCAGAGAAGGUCCCAGUGAAUCCCCUCGUCUACCUUUACCCAGACAUCCCAAAAGAUGACGCUUUUGGUCGCUACUAUAGCAGCUCUUCUGAUGAUUCAGAAGAGAUGGAGAUAGACAAACCUAUCAAACCAUAUAUAGAUAGACGCAUGAUUUCUGUGUCAGAAAACCCUGUUUCAAGACUCCAAAAGUGUUAGAGCACAUCAAGGCAACGCUGGUUUGAGGAACGUUUCUCCACCAUCUAAAUUAAAUCCAAGGUUUUUCGGGGAGAAAAUUAUCCUGUUUUUAGUAGUACUGCAUCUGUCACAACUAUAAUGAACGAUGGAAACAGAUAGUCAUACCCAAAGGAUUCAUCUUUGCACAGAUCUUCUCUCUACUAUAUUAGUCAUAAGGAUAUACUACAUUUAUUCUCCAAAAGGAGCCAUUUUCUUUAGUCAAAUUACAGAAUACAUUUACAGCUAAAACAGUGUAAUCCUAUGUCUUUUUGCUUGUUUGUUUGUUUUUUUAUAUAAAAAUGUGAACAUAUGAGAAACUUGCAUUUUGUUGUCACUGACAAUGUAUUUAAUAAUUAUAUUUGAGUCUGUGUACCAGUCUCUCAUGCUAGAUAUUGCCAUAAUGAAUACAUGCAAAAAUCUGUUUCUGUUAAGACAUUUGUUUGAGAAAAACCUCCUCUAUUCUGUGAAGU